ACAAUGGUUUAACUGUGGUUCCCUUAGAUCAUCAUAACAGUGGAAAAGCACAAACCCUAUUACUGAUAAAACUUCAUUUGUGCUCCUGUGGGCAGUCCACGGUGUGUAUUUGUGCCUGAGUGCAGUAGACUGACCUGUCCUUCACAGACAGCUUGAUGUGGACCGUCCCCUUCCACACACACCUGGUCCUCGACCGGACAGCGGCCUCUGGAAUUCGCGAGGCUGAAACGGCACCACUGGGAAUCCGAGGCGUGAUUGACACGUACGAACGUACAGUACCGCCAGAUAUUGUUUCCUUGGGGAAAAGAAGCUAAGGGCAGCUUAGUUCAGUAGUUCGAUAACGGUACCAAAAACAGCAGUUCCCUCUUUUCAAGCUCUUUCUGGCAUUUCAUUGCCUUCUUGCUGUGAUUGAAUUGCACUCCUGCUCCUGUGUGUAUUGGCUGUUACCCUUGCGCUACUUCUGAAACAUCUCACUGUGCACUUAGCCCCCGGAGCCUGGGGCUCGUCAGCGGGAUAGAGCUCCGGCUCAUGGACAGCUCCAGCUCCUCAGUGAGACACCUCUGUUUCAAGUACUGUAGCGCCCAAAUAUUCGUUGUUUGACCUCGGAGGUUGCAACAAAAUAUAGGCUGUUCAGGCAGUGAUGGAUGGAGUACAGUAUUGCCAGGCUACAAGCUGAAAGAAGGCCCUGAUGUAAGAUGUGAAAUGUUGCUUUACACGUGACCUCGAGCUCCUGCGUUCCCAGCUGGUGCUCUAGCACUGGCAGAGCUGGCUAGCGACGGUGCGCUCCUGACUCGCACCCGCUCCGAGGAGACCUCCAGUCCAUCCUGCGGCUCCCGGGAGCAAUCUGGCAGGUUCUGUCUCUCAAGUUAAGAUCAUGUCAUUUUCCCCCUGGAGGACCUGUUGCGGGGAAGCUCCCGUUAGGCAAGAUAGUGGCGUUAGACUGUGGGACGUGGAACAGGCCUGUGGGGGCAGGUCUUGGGACCAGUGCCUGGCAAGGUGAGCAGAGGACUGAAGCAAGCAGGGCUGUUGCUGCAGGCAUGACACCUGCCCCCGGGAUCUGGACACAGGUCCCCAGCCCCUCUGCAGGGCUACACGUCCUUCGUCUCCGAGGGAGCCUUGCCUCUCUCCCGCGUGUCACUGCGCGGCGUGGCCCUCGUCUGUGGCGUCACAAUGCGCGGGCGCGUCCUAUCGCUGGGGACCCGUCCACGCCGCUGGACACCGAAGACCGGUCCUGUGCGAGAGAGACACGCUGGGGACCUCAGCCCGGCGUCUCGGGGUUCCGGACUGAAAUUGCUCCGGAGUCGGAGGGUGGUUAUUGUUGUUUUUUCUUUCAUUUCGGGGAGCCAUCGCCUCUGAACGGCACCCGUGUCGCGGCGACUCAUCAGCCUUUUUUCGUAAUCGUUUUCCCGGAGCUGCGCCGCUGUUUAAACGCUGAGCUAAGCGGCCUGCCGCCUGACCAGUAUUUUUGUAAAGGGAAGUGCGCCCACCCCCUCCAGUUUCCGACCAGUUUCCAGGUGGGUACUCCAGCCAGCGCGCCCGGGCGUCUUCCUGCCUGCGCCCCCUCGUCCCCGGCGCCGGACCCCCCCAGGACGCGCUCGGACCCUGUGCAGACCCUUUUCUGGACGGCCGCACGGUGGGGGGGUGUAAACGCAGCCGUUCUCCUAGAAGUGCAGACGGGCCCUUGCUGUGCUUCGACGGCUUGUGGGUCGUGGCAGCAGUGGAUGAGCACUGUAAAAAGUCUCGGCGAUUCACUCGAAAGUGAAGGGAAGCACGAUCAGGGACAGGUCAUGCUGGAUCUUGUCUUCAAGCAUCUAGAACUCACAGAAAGAGACUACUUCGGAUUACAGCUCGCAGAUGACUCUUCUGACAGCCCCAGAUGGCUGGAUCCAAACAAACCCAUUAGAAAGCAGUUAAAAAGGGGAUCUCCACAUAAUUUGAAUUUCCGAGUCAAAUUCUUUGUAAGCGACCCGAACAAGCUCCAGGAAGAGUACACAAGGUACCAGUAUUUUCUGCAACUCAAGCAAGACAUACUCACUGGAAGGUUACCUUGUCCAUACAAUACUGCAGUCCUGCUUGCAUCAUAUGCUGUUCAGUCUGAACUGGGAGACUACAACCAUUCAGAGCACUUAUCAGGCUACCUCUCCAAUUACUGCUUCAUCCCAGGGCCACCACCAGACUUUGAAAAAGAGAUUGCCAAGCAACAUCAGCAACACAAGGGAUUGUCUCCUGCAGACGCAGAAUUCAAUUAUCUUAACACAGCACGUACGUUGGAGCUCUACGGAGUCGAAUUGCACUAUGCAAGGGAUCAAAGUAACACUGAAAUUUUAAUUGGGGUGAUGUCAGCAGGGAUUGUGAUAUACAAGAACAGGGUACGAAUCAACUACUUUUCAUGGUUGAAGAUUGUAAAAAUAUCUUUCAAAUGUAAACAGUUUUUUAUUCAACUCAGAAGAGAAUUGCACGACUCGAGAGAGACGCUGCUGGGGUUCAACAUGGGGAACUACCGCGCCUGCAAGAACCUGUGGAAAGCAUGUGUGGAGCACCACACCUUCUUCCGCCUGGACAGGCCCCUGCCCCCUCAGAAGAACUUUUUUGCACAUUACUUCACGUUGGGUUCAAAGUUUCGGUACUGCGGGAGGACAGAAGUACAGUCUGUGCAGUAUGGCAAGGAGAAGGGGAUCAAGGACAGAGUUUUUGCCAGGUCUCCCAGCAAGCCGCUGGCCCGGAAGCUGAUGAGUGGGAUGGACUGGGAAACGAUGAGCAGGAACUCUGACGAGCGGCUGGAGACCCAGAGCCUGCCGACGCGCUCCCCCCCUGGAACCCCCAACCACAGGAACUCCAUGUUUGCACAAGAAGGAACUCGCCUGCGACCUUCAUCGGUGGGUCAUCUGGUUGACCAUGUGAUCCACACGUCCCCGAGUCAAGUCUUUGCCAACCACAAGUCCCCUUCCUCUACGCAGGCCAACAGCAUCAGCCUGGACUCCUCCCCGUCACAAGAGACAACUGUAGAUGGGCAGCCCCCAGCACUACCACCCAAGCAGUCUAGAAAGAACAUCUACAACCAGAUAAAUCAGUCGCACUCCCAGCAGGAACUGGAUAACCACAUUAAUGAAAUGUAUGAUGUUCCUCUCGCAUCAGAAAAAUCAAUGCUGAAUGGGGUUGUUCCACAUGACAAUCUAGUCCUUAUCAGAAUGAGGCCAGAUGAGCACGGCCGUUUUGGAUUCAAUGUGAAGGGUGGUUCUGAUCAGAAAAUGCCUGUCAUUGUGUCUCGAGUGGCGCCGGGAACAUCGGCGGACCUGUGUGUCCCCCGCCUGAACGAAGGCGACCAGGUUGUGCUGAUCAACGGCAGGGAUAUAUCGGAGCACACCCACGACCAGGUGGUCAUGUUCAUCAAGGCCAGCUGCGAGAGCCAUUCGGGGGAGCUCAUUCUGCUCGUCCGACCCAAUGCUAUCUAUGACGUCGUGGAAGAGAAGAUGGAGAAUGAGCCGGACUUCCAGUACAUCCCGGAGAAAUCCGCCCUGGAUCCCACGCAGCUGGACGACGAUGCCUGGCGAGAUUCGAUGCUGCAGUUAAAAGAAGGCCUGAGCAACGGCGCUGUCCUAGCUCAGUUCGAUCAACUUUACCGGAAAAAGCCUGGAAUGACCAUGUCUUGUGCCAAAUUACCUCAGAACAUUUCCAAAAACCGCUACAGAGACAUCUCCCCGUAUGAUGCAACACGGGUUAUUCUGAAGGGUGCGGAUGAUUAUAUCAAUGCAAAUUACAUAAAUAUGGAGAUCCCCUCCUCCAGCAUCAUUAAUCGGUACAUCGCCUGCCAGGGUCCUCUGCCCAACACCUGCCCAGAUUUCUGGCAGAUGACGUGGGAACAGGGCUCCUCCAUGGUGGUCAUGCUGACCACUCAGGUGGAAAGAGGCAGAAUCAAGUGUCACCAGUACUGGCCGAAUCCUUCUGGGAGUGCGUCUUACGGCAGUUUUCAGAUCACCUGUCUCUCUGAAGAAGGGAAUGCUGCGUUCCUGGUUAGAGAGAUGACUCUCACAAACUCGGAGAGCAACGAGAGCCGCCACCUGACUCAGAUCCAGUACGUGGCCUGGCCGGACCACGGCGUUCCCGACGACUCGACGGAUUUCCUGGACUUUGUGAGCCUGGUGCGCCGCAAGCGAGCGGGCAAGGACGAGCCCGUGGUGGUGCACUGCAGCGCGGGGAUAGGCCGGACCGGAGUGCUCAUCACCAUGGAAACAGCUAUGUGCUUGAUCGAAUGCAACCAGCCUGUUUAUCCCUUAGACGUUGUCAGAACAAUGAGAGAUCAAAGGGCUAUGAUGAUUCAAACCCCUAGCCAGUACAGGUUUGUCUGUGAAGCUAUCUUAAGGGUAUAUGAAGAAGGCCUGGUGAAACCGUUCAAGUCAACACUGUACAAGUAACCCAAGGGGAAGAUGUCUUAAUCUGGAAGGCUGUGGAGUUCGCUUUGCUGUCGGAACUCCAGGGGCCGGAAGCAGAUUUUCACAGGAAACGAUCGAGAAGGAAAUCAAGUCAAAAUGGCCACUUGGGAGCUGGAACUUUUGAGAAAACUUAGCACUGUUGCACUUUAUGUUGGGGGAGAAAAAAAAAACAAAUUGUAGAAGACUUAAUGUUUUUGGUGAAAAAUUGAAAUAUUUUGCUUCUUUCUAAGAUGAUAGGUACUUUAAGGAAAGUGAGUGUUCAGGGUAAAUAGCAUAUGGAGUUUUGCUGUAGUGCCAUAACAUGACCAUAGACCUUCUCAAUAAGCAUUUUACUUACGUGGAAUAGUUGCCAUUGCACAGGGUUAAAAAUGAGUCACUAUGCUUGAAAUUCAUCAUAAAUCUAUCAGAGUGAUAUUCCUCUUUUAUUGUAAUCCCUUAUUUACAGUACUUCUCAGUUUUAAUUUUAGUUUGUGUCAACCAGUUGUACUAAAUCAAGAUGUAUCUGGAAUCUUGUUUUUCCCUGUAGGCCCGCUAACAGAUCAGUUAAAAUGAAUGCAGUUACUGCGGUUAAUAUCCUGUUAGUCUUCUGUGAGAGAAUUGGCUUCAUUUUAGGUCCUAUUUAAUUUUUUGAGUGAAAAGCAGGCUCAGAUGUUCUGACAAUAGGUACUAGGUGCUGAAAGGGGAAAGCAGCUUUUUUGGUGUGGCUUUAUGUACAUUGUACCUGCAGUGGAUUAGUAGGUAAUGCCACUCUGAUGGAGAUAAAACUGCUGGAAAAUUAUUCUUUGUAGCAGAAUGAUAUCAUUUCCAGCUUUAUACCUGCCUGUAAUGUAAAUAACUGCUUUGCCUAACAAGAAGAGUCUCUUUGGUACGCUGCUGUCUGAAGUCUCUGCCUUUUAAACAGGUGGGCAUUUAAAGUGGAGAAACUGACACCUGACUAAGGCUUUUUCAGUUCAAACCUUUGUUAGGAUUUUUGUUUCUUUUUGUGAGGAUUUUUUUUAAAGAAUGUAGGGAACACAACUGUAAUAAAGACCCUUUUCAUUUCAUUGACCGACUUGUCAGGAUGGUGUUAAAACUUGAGCAAUUGUAAUAAAGGCUUUAGCCAGGUUUCCAUACAGAGCAUCUCCUGCUAGAUUUAAUCUCUUCCAGUGGCUUCUUUUUACAGUACCCUUAAACGGUGUUAAAAAUAGCAUUUUUCCUCUUAAGUAACUGUGUGGUGUUUUCCCAGUAGACUUUUAAUUUGAGGUUUUUAUUUUAUGGGGAGGAGUAUGUGUGUCAUGGUUUUACAAUGCUUGUACAGUCAAUUAGUCUCCACAGGUGGUGCUCUAGUCCAUGUGAUAGAACCCGUUUAGAUUGCUAGAUUGUGUUGGAACCUUUAAGCAUACGUUAUAAUUAAUUUCUUUAACCCUAUCAAAUAUGUUUUGAAUAAACGACUCUUUAAUAGUUCUUAAGCAUUAUUCUAAACAAAUUCGACACCUUAAAUUGUCAGUGCAUUUCUGAGCAGCUUCCAUUCUGCAUCACAUGUACAGUUGUCCUUUUUCACCCAGUCCUGGUGUUGGCAGCAGUGCUUCUAUGAGAUUUCUACACGUGUGUGUGCAAUUAUUGAACAUUUCAUUUGACCUGUACAGUGUCAAUAUAUAUACAGUAGGUGAUUUGGAAAUGCCAGCAGCAACAAGCUUGACUGUGAACAAUCAAAACUAUUUUUCCGCUUGUUUUCAUGCCCUAACAUCAUUUCAAGAAGUGUUUUUUUUCCAGUAUUAAUUAUCUCGCAUUAAAGCUUAGGUGUGCCACUCAGUAACUCAAGGGGAAAUAUCCUACCAUCUUUUCUGUGCAGUGCAUGUGGAUGACAGUGGCAUCAGUUGGUUUUUUUCCCAGUAGUGGAACAGCAGUACUUUAUUUUCAUAGUAGAUGUUCAGCAGGUUUUUAUGUGUAGCGUAGCUUUGUAGUGAUAAAGCCCCUCCUUUACCUGCUGCAGUUUCCCUUCAAGACUGAUGAGCCUUGGCUGAUCAGGGCACAUCAGGCCUCUUCUGAGUCAGUUAAACAUUCUUGCCGACAAGUCCUGCCCCUUGUGAGACUCUUUAAGAGACUCUUUCUGUCAAGUUAGCAAGUUGAAGCUUAACCGAUUUCUAUCACCUGUCCAAAAUUUCUCAGUAUUUAUGUAAAAACCUAUAAAUAAAACUUGAAUAUUGUUUUAAAAAAUCAGGACUGGGUUAUGGACAAUUUGAUUUAAAAUACCUUUGACUGUCCUGCAAGUUUUGUUUGACAAAACAAAGUAAUAGCAUAAGCUGUAUAUUUAGGUUAUUCUGGAAUACUGGAGGGUGGGAUGUAUUUUUGUAAAAGAACUGCCUUGGCCUUUGUGGGAAUGGACAGUACUUUGCUGCAGACUUUGUAGCCUUUAUGCUGCUUGGGAAGAGAGAAAAGUGAUACAGUUGUACCAUUGUUUGCUAAAACACAUGUAGAAGAAGCUGAAAUCUGUAGUGCCACUUCUUGGUUUUGUGUACAUAAACUAGACAUUGUAAAUACCUUGCUGUAUAUUAAGAUCUUUAAAAUGAGAAGGAAGAUGACAUGCGUUUAAAUAUUUUUGUAAAACAAAAACAUUGCAAUUACUAAGCCGUUUUUUCCACAUCAACAAAGGAGGGAAAAAAACACAUUGGGCCGCAUCUCAGAAGUUUUACAUUGACUAAAAUGCUGUCUGUUAAUCAGGAUCUCUGUAGGAAAGAAUGUACCUGUACUUAAUGAAUGCAUGUCACUGGAACGUUGAAUGAAAAGAGCCCAGCAAGUCACAAAUUUCACAUUUGAUUUUGUCAAAGCCAGCAGUUUAUUAUUAAGUACAUUUUAUUGCAAUUCAUGCUCAAGGAGCGAUAGUUGAAAGUGGUAAAUGUCUCCCAACCACAAGUCAGGUCCAUUGUGCAGAAAAUAAACUAGUGUCAUUUAGGGCUGCAAUCAGGUUAUUUUUUACAAACGUAGUUUUCAGUUUUAACAUUGCUGCACCUUAUGAAGGUUCAAGCAGAGAUUUCCUUCUCAAGCUUUGAAUUUGAAUGGAAUAAACUAAAUUUCAGUAUUUUAUUGUGGCCAGGAAAUUAAAGAGGGAUUCAAGGUGGUGUGAAAUGGAAGUAUUUUACUUCUGAACAAUUUCUGACUCUUUUGGUAUUCUCUGUUACCUGCUUAUAUUUCGACUAAAUUAAUUUUGUAUUGAAGUAGUGUAAACUAACUAAUGAGUAAUAGUAUUAAUCUGUUAUCCCUUAUUUUAUGUUCAUUCUUGUAUUAGAACGGGUAACAUGAGAAACUGAUAACUAGAAAAUGUACAGUAAAUAUUUUGUAAUAGGAUUUUAAUCAGAAAUUAAAUAUUUUGAACAAUUAAAUCAUGCAAAGUACUUAAGAUAAUUUGACAUUUUUGUUUUUCUGAAGUUUAAUAAAGUAUUUUAUGAAAAGAAAGUAACUGAAAAGUAAGGUGGUUGGUGCUUUUUUUCAUUUUGCCUCUAAAUAGUGAAUUUUGCCACUGAUGCAAAACUAACUUACAGGCAAGAUGUGCACUUAACAGUCAUCAGUGCAACAUUCAGAGAUGCAGUAUACAAAGGAUAAGAUAACUGUGUUCCUAAUAUUUCCUUUCUGAGAUAGUUAAUAUCUUAAUGUAUAAUUACAUAGAUCUGAGACGAUUUUGGAGUUCUUUUAGUACUAACAAAACAAUAUACAGUACCUUGUAUUUUUUUAAGAGUAGUUCUAAGGCUGGUUUUGCCAAAACUCAUGUGUUGAGUUCCUCACUCCUGAAGUCUCAUGCUAAGGUAUGAUAACCUUCUUUCUAGGGGGUGCAGAUUGCUUUAAAUCAGUUAUUUAAGUUAUUACAUUUAUUGAAUUAUUGUCUCUUAAGCAGCUGUUUACAAAAGCCAUUUAUACCACAUGGUGGAUGGGUACCACACACAUUUGAAAGACAGUUCAGUGAUUUGAGUACACCUUGCCUAGAUCAGCUCACAAAGAAGUAGGUCUUCACAUUUGAAUUGGUGACAGAAUAUUGUUAUGAUAAUUGUAUUCCUUAUAAAAAUGUUUUCUAAAUCUGCACAACUGUGGUAUAAAUAGGCUUCAUAAAUGUCUGCUUAGGGUAUACUUAAAUAUUGUGAAAAUCUCUGUUCUUUACUGACAGUCUAUAGAAGGAUAUAAAGCUGUUUACUUGUAUCAUGCUGUACAAAAACUGAAUGUAUCAAUCUGACGUGAAAAAAUUCAUAAGGUAGAGUAAUGACUGUUGGACUUUAAGGAAAAAUAUUUUUUCAUACCAUUUGUAAAAAGAAAAGUUUGUAACACUUCCAUAUAUAUAUACAUUUGUAUGUGUGUGUGUAUAUAUACACAUACAUGAAGGUUUAAGGCUCAAGUGUUUUCAUUGUAAAUAAGAGCAAUAUUAUAAAUAUUGUGAAUUUAGUGCCAAUGUUCUGUAAAGUUUAAAGUCUUUAUUUCUGCUCAGAAAUUGAAGUAUGCUAGUUUGUUGUCAAUUUCAAGGUUUCUUCCAAUACUCCUUUGCUGUUUUUAUUUUUGUUUAGGUCUGUGGAACGUUUGCGAAUGGUAUUUAAGAGAUAAUUUCACUUUGUGUUUGAAAUUGGCAGUGUGCAUUAUGUAAAAAAGAAUUCAUUUUGCCACCCACUAGUGAAUUUUGAAAAAUCAUUGUGGGUCGCAGUGGAUAUUAAAAAGCAUCAGUAAAUUUUUGGUAAA